CGGUUUUAGAGGGUUGUCCUUUCCUGUUUCGGGCGUCUUCCGCUCGUGGGUCUUGAGAUCGAAAGGUUGAGAGCUUCUUCAGACCCGCAAGGCCGGACCGGGCGCUGUCAACAUGCCACAAAAUGAAUAUAUUGAAUUACACCGUAAACGCUAUGGCUAUCGUUUGGAUUACCAUGAGAAAAAGAGAAAGAAAGAAAGUCGAGAGGCUCAUGAACGGUCAAAGAAGGCAAAAAAAAUGAUUGGCCUGAAGGCUAAGCUGUACCAUAAACAGCGUCAUGCUGAGAAAAUACAAAUGAAAAAAACUAUCAAGAUGCAUGAAAAGAGAAACACCAAACAAAAGAAUGAUGAGAAGACUCCUCAGGGAGCAGUACCUGCCUAUCUGCUGGACAGAGAAGGACAGUCUAGAGCAAAAGUCCUUUCCAACAUGAUUAAACAAAAACGUAAAGAAAAGGCGGUAAGCAAUAAAAAUUGA